AUGCCAAAGUCCUACAACGAGUGCUUCGUCCCCUCCACCUUCUUCCUCACCGGCAUCCCACAGCUGGAGGCAGCCCACGUGUGGUUCUCCAUCCCCUUCUGCUUCCUGUACGUCGUCGCUGUUGUGGGGAACUGCAGCAUCCUCUUCGUCGUCAAGACUGAGACCAGCCUCCACGAGCCCAUGUACCUCUUCCUCGCCAUGUUGGCCGUCAUUGACUUGGUCUUGUCCUCCUCCACCAUGCCCAAACUGCUCAGCAUCUUCUGGCUAGAUGGCAGAGAGAUCGGCUUCCACGUGUGCCUGCUGCAAAUGUUCCUCAUCCACUCCUUCGCCACCAUUGAAUCAGGGGUUUUCUUGGCCAUGGCUUUCGACCGAUACGUCGCCAUAUGUGCACCCCUGAGACACAAGAUGGUUUUGACACAUCCCGUCGUAGCCAAGAUUGGACUGGCGGCCACCCUGAGGGGCUUCCUGUAUAUCUGUCCUCUGCCUCUGCUUGCCGGACGGUACACAUACUUCCACACCCGCGUCAUUGCCCAUUCCUAUUGUGAGCACAUGGCUGUGGUCAUGCUCUCCUGUGAGGACACUUCCAUCAGCAACCUUUACGGCAUGAUAAUUGGCUUCUUGGUCCUCAUUGUCGACUCCUUGUGCAUCGGAUUGUCCUAUUUUCUCAUCUUCCAAGCACUGAUGAGCAUGGCCACCGUGGAAGCCCGUCUUAAGGCCUUCAGCACGUGCUCCUCACACAUCUGCGCCAUUCUGGCCUUCUACAUCCCCAUUGCCGUUUCCUCCCUGACUCAUCGAUUUGGCCACAAUGUGGCCCCCCCAGCGCAUAUCCUCCUGGCCAAUUUCUACCUCAUAAUUCCACCAGUCUUGAACCCCAUAGUCUAUGCAGUCCGGACCAAAGAGAUCCGGAGGAGGCUGGCGAAGAUGUGGUCCCUUGGCCGAGGAGAUGUCAAAAACCUCGUGUAA